CACGUCAUUGAUGUGGGGCAUCAUCAAAACUCCAAAAGUGCUGGAAAAUUCUAUGGCAUUGGUGCAAUGGCCCAACCCUGCACAGCGAUAGCGAUGCAAGAUCAACAUCAACAUUGGGUGGCGAAUGGAUGAGCAUUUUGUAUGUAUUAUUUUCUCCCCAGUGGCCAAAAGUAAGUAGGCUCUGGUGGUAAUAAGCAAGUAGUAACGAUGAAGGUGAUGAAGAGACUGUUUUCUCGCCUGAGGCGUCGGAGUGGUGCCAAGAACACUCGAGUGUCUCACGAUGAUGAGACGGAUCUUCUUCAAGGUGUUGUUGGUGAGAGUCUGCUGUUGACCAAUGCCUUUUUCGUCGGUCCUCCCGUUUCUUUGACGGACUUGUUGGAUGCGCUGCGAGAGGGCUGUAUAAUGACGCCAUGUACCAAUAUUCAAGUGGAGCGCAGUUUUCUGGACUGUCUUUCCGUCACGGAACAAUUCCUCUUUUGGAAUGUUUUGGGCAAAAGUCGUCAAAUCAAGCGAGUGUCGCUGGUGGGCAUUGAUCCACUCCCCACGCACGUACUCGCCACGCUGUUGCAGUCGCCCAUUUUGGUGGAAUUGGAGCUCUCGCAUGUCCGACUCGUCGGUGAUUUAAAAGUCUUGCGAGGAGAUGCAUUGGCAUCCCUUUGCACCAUUCACUUGUGGAAUGUGGACGUGGCUACUACUAGCGGGACAACAGCGAGUCAACCACAACAAAACGACUUUGUGAAACUCAUCAUGAAUCUACCCCAGUUACACGAACUGGCGCUCGGAGAUGGAUUUGCGUUUGAUGGUCCCCAAAUCACGGCCAUUUGCAAUGCACUGUCUCGACCAUGUCACCCAUUAAAGUCACUGCGACUCAUGGGCGCCUCAAGCAACCACAACAAUCACUAUUUCUCGCACGGUUAUCAUGUCACCCAGGCAUUGGACGACCAAGCGUCCGUGGCAUUGGCUACCAUGCUCCAAACCAAUCGCUCCUUACAGAGUCUCGAAUUGUCCAAUCUACAAAUCGGUCUGGUACCUCUGGCAAAUGCUUUGCGGCAGGACAAUCGCACCCUCUGUCAGUUUCAUGUCUUUCAGGUCCAUUUAUUUUGUCGACAAGAUACGACGGUGGAAGAAACGAAUGCCUUGGUGGAAAUGCUACGCGACAAUCCCGUCUUGACAUCGUGUCUCUUGCCUACUUGCAGCACAAGAAGUGAAAUGGACUUUUACCUGCAAUUGAAUCGACACGGCCUACGAGAUAUUCAGGUCGAUGUGAAUCGGUCGCGUUACACUGUAGUGGAAUUGUUGGCGGCGGAAAAUGACAACAAUGUCAACAACAAUGGCAAUAAGCUCUCGUUGGAUUGUAUCUAUCAUGUACUGAGAGACAACCCGACGCUGAUGAAUGUGUGAAUAGAAUGACGGAAGCAAGAGAAUGGAAACAACAGAUGCAUGCAUGCAGAGAAUGGAUUGUGAAUGAAGGAUCCAUUGGAAUGAAUAUACAUACAUACCCAUACAUGAUUUUGAAUUUUGCACACAGCAACAACGACAACCAGGGAAACUUGCCGAUGACUGCCUCGCGAACGCUGGUUGGGUCAUACCGACGGUACGGUAGGACCUUUGCCCGAAAUGUACCAAAAAGAAAGCAGGCUAGUCCAGUCGAGCAAGUUUCAGUUAGUUGUAUCUAUAUAUACAAACAAGCAAGAAAAAGAAGAAUCAGUGUAAUCUAAAUAACUACAUACAUAAUUGCUACGCCAAAAAUUAAUUGUGUGGCUACGGUAAUCUUGGUGCUACUGUAGAGGAGGAAAUGGUGUUGUGCUUGGAGCCCGACAGGGAGGGGACCAAGGAUACAAAAAAGAAACGAGCUUCGGCAUGGUGGUCCCAUGGAGCAAGGAUGGUGUACGCUUCAAUACUAGCUAGCUAGCUAGCUAGGAAAGUUAUGGGGGUACUGGUAAUAGGUAUGAAACUGUGGGUAACAGGCACCGUUGCCCAAAUAGAGUCGGCACGUUGUUUUCAGCCUGAUUCAGUUCCCUUUACAUGACUCAGCUGCGUGGGAGUAGGGGCUGUGGUACUGUGGCUGGUACUGAAAUUGGCACAGUGAAUAAACUCUGUUACCACCCACACCCUUGAGAAUGGGUCAAGGGUGUGGUGGAAACAGACCACAGCGAUUAGAGGACAGGGUGGAAACAGAAACCCAAGGGCAUGAGUGUGGGUAGAAACAGUUCCAAGCGGAUCCGGGAUCUACCAGCUGUCUAACAAAGUGAGAUGCCGGGACUAGCCAAAGGUCCCAACCAACCUAUUUACACACAACACGACACAUGUAGCAAUGUCCCCCAUUUUUCUGUUGUGGUGUCAGCAGAUCCCAGAACACUGCCAUUUCCAGCAGAUCCAGAUCCCGCAGAAGUCUCACAAGCAACAGAUGCAGAUGAUGCCAACAUGGUAGACGUCAACAACCUAUAGAGAUUCUCUCGGAUGGAGAGGAAGGAAAAGGAGAGCACCAGAGUCAACAGGGUGUGGACAGCUACAAAUUUACUGUGACUGGUGAUAUUGUCCCAAAACAAUCCCCAGGGUUCCAUGCCAUGCAGUGUGGACCGCCAAAGAAAGCUGGGAAGGUCAAAGGAAUCCCAUUUAUCAAGCGGUGGACGUACAAUCCAUCCGAGGCAAAGAUGAAACAGUUUGCACUGAAGCUAGGAGCGAGCUUG